AUGGAGUCCUUAUCCAAGAUCGACGCACCACCAGCUGACACCAAAAAUCUCAGAACGUUUUACGACACUUGCGAGGCAAACAUUCGCGGUUUAGAGGCACUUGGAGUAAAAACGGAAACUUAUGGAAGCUUAUUGAUUCCCAUUCUUCUAAAGAAAAUACCCGAAGAAAUUCCGUACUCAAUAUUUAGAGCUGACCCUUCAGUGGACAGUUCCCUAGACAGAUUGAGAAUCACCAUGCGACAGGAAAUCGAAACUCGCGAGAAGGGCCAUAUGUCCUCUCCAAAACCAACCACAGAGGACGAAGUGCUUGUGCCAACAGCUGGUGCGCUACUAACCGGUACACAACAA